GUAAUCGAGCCCUGACUGAAACAAUCAACACUAUGAAGAAGCAACUAGAGAAGCAACUAGAGACUAGCCUAGAAUAGACUCAGCAAAACAAAAAUUGAUUCUUGCUCUUCCAAGUUCAAUAUACAAAUUACAAAACUAAUACAUAGAUCGUUGUUUUCUCUACUCGAAAAUGGAAUUCGUCGUCGAAGAAGGCAAACACCUUAACGAAGAAUGCUCCACUUUGAUUCUGCCAGCUUUAUCGAUUGGGAAUGUGGGGCAGCUGGCGGUGGAUCUGUUGAUAUCGUCGAUGAGAGCAGAGAGAAUCGGUUACUUGGAUGACCCAAAUGUUCUUCCCUGUGUUGGCAAUGAUGCUUACUCUCCCACUCCUCAAGGCCACCUUGUUCUCCCUCUUGAAGCUUAUGGCUCAUCUUCCAAUACGUUGACUCUUGUUCAACAAAGAUCUCCUGUUGUGAAGGGGAUGAUGGUUGAAUUUGCAAAGAAUGUGGCUGAUUUUGCUGCUGAUAGUGGAAAGAAGCACAUUGUUGUGCUUUCUAGCUUAGAUUUUGGACGGUGGCAAACAAUUGAUAUGUCAAGGGGGGACGUCUACAAUUACCUUUCUAGUGCCAGUAUGGAUGGAACAGAUGAUGACUGUGAGAGACUUGGGUGGAAAAGACUUCAGGAAUAUAACCCUGAGCAGAGGCUGUGGAAGUAUCUUAGCACCUUAGCUGAAGGAAAUGUUGAACUGGACGACAAUAUGCCUUUUGAAGAUGAACUGGGAAAAAAUGAUUACUAUCCAACUUUGCCUUUUGCUGCACUGUUUUCUUGUUUCAAGGCCAAAGGUUUGAAGGUCACUUGCUUAUUAUGUUAUUGCUCGGAAGGAGAUAAUAUACCAGAGGCUUUCCACCUUGCUGAUGCGGCAUGCAGUCUUUUGGGUCUGAACCCUAAUAAUUUUCAAGGCAAUGAAGGCAGCAAAUGGAUUGUCCCAUUUUCAUGGCAGACUGUGUAUGGACCUCCCCCAGAUAGGUCUCUCUUUUAGGUUUGACCCAAUGAGGUAGGUCAGCUAGGAUGCCGGAUUGCUUGUUGUAAUGUCGAGUUUUUAAAGAAUUGUAUAUUCAUCUUGGCCAUGUCAAGAUGACAUUACUUUUUUUUUUUCUUUUUUAAUGAUGCAAGUACAAAAAUGCUUUUUCUUUCCUUUUAUACGCUAAAUGCAAAUGGGACUUCAGUUUUUGUUUGAACCUGUAACCAUCUUUUUGGUUUAUAAUCUAGAAAGUAAGGGCAUGUUUGGUAUUGACUUCA